AGGAAAGACCACCUUCACCCCUCUUUUUUGUCUCCCACCUUACACGCCUGGCACCUCAUGCUUUUCGUGCCAGCUCCUCUUGCUUCCAAGGCAGUGGCGGGCCAGUUAAGUCUGGUUCAUGAUGGUUGAGGGCUGGAGAAGCCCUCCCAUCGAGCCUUUCGGGGCUGAACUGAGUUUCGCUGGCUUCGUCUUUCGGGCGAAUUUUCGCCUCAUGGAUGGCCUUUCCAAAGAAAAUGAUCUUCACCUCCUACUGAAAGACCCCCGGCAGGACUGCGCUUCAGAUGCUUCACCUCUUCAAGCUUUCAACUAUAUCAAGCUUUCAUUAGCCCCAUCACCAAAGGGCCAGUACAGCCACAUUUGGAUCAGGAAAUUUGCUCAGACGUGACUUGUCGAAGAGCCUUUCUCUCAAGAUGCGUCAGCAUCCAAAUCCUUUGGGAUGCGUCUCCCUCUGCGGGAGAUGUCUUGACCGGAUCAGCCCGCAACUUGGGCACAUUUGGGUUCGGGUUAAAGGCACCCAAGAGGGCAAGUGGUACCUCAGGCAGACGAGGUGGCAAUACAUGUGAACGGUAUUGGGUGCGUGUCAAAGGCACCAAAGAGGGCAAGUGGUACCUCAGGCAGAUGAGGUAGCAAUACAUGUGAACGGUGGAUUU